AUGGUUGAUUUUGACUCCGACACAUUUCUUAACACAUUUCGAAAUGGAGCUAAGGAAGAGAUGCAACCAGAUAAUGAAGUACCCUUUUACAAUGAAACACUGACUUUUUUGAGAAAUUCAUGUCAAGAACGUCGUGAUCGCGGUAUGGGUUAUGGAACUUCACGUGUUCCUCAUCAUCCUACAGCCAUCGCAUCCCUCGUUGAUAUGCUCAGUACCAAGCUUCGAUCAUUGUGGUGUGUUGACAAGUUACUAUGCGACUCAAGGAUCUACAGCAAUAUAAGUCCGCGCAUGGGAAGACCUCACUUACCAGAGACAUGUCCUAUCAUGACUUUUAUGAAACAAAUGGGAAAAUCCAGUAUCAACUUUGAAUGGUUGGAGAGGGAUCCUACACCAAUUUAA